AAGGACUGUGCCAAUGGACUCUCAUGUAUAUCGGAUGAAUAGUACGGCAGCUAGUUUCUGCUGAAUAUUUUGCGGUAGGGUAAAAUGACCAGGAUAUGGGAAUUUUUUUAGUGAUGCAUUUAACAGAGACGGUUGUUUGCUGUCUAUAGUUCUGCAACAAGAAUAUUGGCUCUUGACUUUAUAUCAUAUGAUUUCAAUAUGAUUUCACAUAGCUGUAUACCAACGGUACAUUGUAAAUGACAUUCAUUUUUGGUAUGAAGAUUAAAAGCGUGCCUUUUCGGACUGUAAAAUUGAGGCAUGGAGUCGGAACUCAGGAUGUCUGAUAAUAUAUUUUAAUCCCGAAUUUAAUAUAAGCGUUGGAAAGAGGUAUGAAGGAUCAUCGGAGUGCCUAUCUGAACAGCAUGCUAUAAGGUCGGCUAUGGGGUGCGUUGCAAAUCACAUAGCGCCUAUCAAAGCAUGUGCCACUAGCAGGCAGCCGCGCUUACCUGUGUUAUUUAGUGUUUUUACAUUAUACAAAGGCAUCAGCAAUUUCAAACUACUGCGUGAUCACACUUGCUGCUGUGCAGGAUGUGUUCGACUGCACCUUCUAUCAGCCAGCACCCUUGCUAGAUUUCAUAUACUGAUAAUGCGUUUUACAGGUUUGCUAGUUUGGAAAACGGCAUUGUUGUAAACGGUUUACAUGACAAAGAAUACUAUUGACACGCCAUUGCAGACGAAUUGCAUUUCAAAACUUUGUAAGGUUAAUACCGUCCUGUAUUACAACAGCUUACAGUUGACUUUUUGCUCAUUAAACACUGAGAUAAAGUUACCAUCUGGGGGCGGACUAUAUUUAGACAUUAAGUAUAAAUCGUGUCUUGCCCCUUGUUAAAAGAACUAAGUUGGCAGUGAAAGUAGUGCGCGGUCUUUGUUGAGAUCAUCAUUUGUGUACAGUACAGCCACUUGCUUGGAACAAUCGUUUGAGACAUCAUCAUGGGUGUUCGUAAAGGUGGGAGAUCGGACAUCCUGAAGAAAGUUUCAGGGAUUCGGAAGAUCCACCGUUUAAAAAAGAGAAAUACAAAUAAAAUCAUAAAUAAUAAAAUCGCUGCUGGAGACGAGGGACGCGCGAACGGGAGAUCAAUACACAUAAAAGUGUGUUGCAGGAGGGGCAUGCAGGGCCGCACGCGGCUCUUCGCCUGUGCCAUGCGUUUGUUCCUGCGAUGUUUCCGGCUGGGCCAGAGGCGUGGCCGCAGUAAGCUGCUGAAGAGAGCCGGGGAGCUGUGGAGCUACGGGAAGCUGUGUGCGAAAUCACUGUUCUACAACUCCCUCACAAACAGUGACGUCAUCAUCGACUCGCUGUUUGAACCCAUCUACUGGCUGGUGGACCACGUCACUCGCUGGUUUGGGGUGGUGUUUGUGUGCUUAGUCGUUGUGCUGACCAGCUCCAUCGUGCUCAUUGUGUAUAUCUGCUUGCUGCCUCUCAUCCUGGACACCUACAGCCCAGCCUGGAUCAUCUGGCAUGUCUGCUACGGGCACUGGAACCUGCUCAUGAUUGUCUUUCAUUAUUACAAGGCAGCCAGGACCUCACCAGGCUGCCCUCCCCAGGUGAAAACUGACAGUCCUUCAGUGUCCAUCUGCAAAAAGUGUAUAGCACCGAAACCACCCAGGACACACCACUGUAGCAUCUGCAUCCGAUGUAUAUUGAAAAUGGACCACCACUGCCCCUGGCUCAAUAACUGUGUGGGCCACUUUAACCAUCGCUACUUCUUCUCGUUCUGCCUCUUCAUGACGAUGGGCUGUCUGUACUGCAGCAUCAGCAGCCGCGACAUGUUCAUCGAUGCCUACAAUGCUGUAGAGCAGAUGAAGAGUGCUGACCACUUGAGGCUCAGGGUGACAGUGUCUGAGACAUACUACCAGACUCCACCCCCUCCCUUCACCUUCAAGGAGAGGGUGUUUCACAAGUGCAUCAUAUACCUUUGGGUGCUCUGCAGCUCGGUGGCACUAGCUCUGGGAGGUCUGACUCUGUGGCAUGCAAUGCUCAUCUCCCGGGGAGAGACCAGCAUUGAGAGACACAUCAACCACAAGGAAAAGCACCGGCUUGAGAAGAAGGGCAAGGUUUUCCGGAACAUUUUCCACUAUGGUCGCAUGAAUAACUGGAAGGUGUUCUUUGGAGUUGAGACAAGAAGUCACUGGUUGACUCGAGUGCUCCUGCCAUCGGCACACCCUCCUUAUGGAGAUGGCCUGACCUGGACCCACUCUCCAACUGCCACCAGGAGAACCUUGCUGGCAAUCUAACCGUCUUCUAAUUUCAUCAAGAACAAGUACUAGCCCUCUAACCGGCCCUCCUGGCCCCAUCAUUGAGGACUGUAAUGCUUACCUGGAGGGUCCGCUCUAGACAAGACUGCCUUGUAACCCACCCAGCUGUCAUCUCUGCCAAAUACAGGUCACAGAGACUGCUGUUUGAUUUUAGUGUUUGUGUGGAAAUCCCCAGUAUUCAUAUUUUCUCAUUAUGCAAACCCCUCUGUAUAUAUUGUUUUGUUGUAUCCCAUCCAUUUCUUCCAUUAUUUUAAAGUGUUUUAUCUUGUCCCCUUGUCUGUGCGGGGCUUGUUUUUAUUGAAGUACUGUAAAGUGACCAGUUAGGCUGGAGUGGGUGACAUGAGCUUGGUGUGAGGUGUGUCUAACAGGGGAAGGUUGAUUAAUCCAGGCCCUCCAGCACAGUCUCCAUCUACAGACAAUGUGAACUGCCAACAAGCUGUAAGUGGACCCUACUCACUGUGUUGCUAUUGCACCUUGGGGCCCAAACAAAGCAAUAAAUGUGUACAUUCCAGGCUGCUACAAAUUUGACCCCACCACACCUGAAUGGAAUUUGAAUUGGAGAUGCACAUUUUCUGUGGGUGUUUGUUACUAAGUUACUGUGAUUUUGAUAAUUAAAAAAUAACCUGUUUUUUUAAAUAAAUUAAAUGUUGAAGGAUGGUUGUUUGUUAAUCCUGACCACAGCUAGGCCUCCAUUUAUUCUAAGGUGAAAAAGUAUUUAAGUUUUUUUUUUACUUUUAUAUACCAGCAAUACAAAUCUUUUUUCAUAACAUUAAAGAAAAUAAAUCACAUCCAUAAUUUAAAAAAAAAAAAAAAAAAA